AUGUCAAUACCCGAUAAUCCCUUUCAAGCACCAACCACUCCACAAGCACCUGUAUUUCAGAUUCAGACCGAAGAUGCCUCUCCAACAAACACAAGCAACGUCGGUCUCGCAUCUCCAUACUCUCAAUCUGCCUCUCCAUCUCCCCAAGGACACUCUCCGCAUUCCAACACUAUAUCGCCUCCAGAUGCAGAUGCGCUAGAUGGCACAUCCGCGGGUUUAGCACCACCCGGAUCUGGUGCGAAAACCCCUCGAAGACGUGUACAGUGGACAUCUGAUUCUCAUAUUGUCCAGCUUCAUCCCAUUCAGCCUAUACCUGCUUCACCACAUCAACUUGACGAAGGUAAUCUUGAACAAUUCCGUGAUGCACUCGAAAGACAUCGGAAGGAUUCUGUCAAGCAUCCUCGACCUCCAAGCUCUUUAAGUAGAACAAGCAGUGCCGAUGGAAGUGAAACGAGGCAAGGUACAGAGGACGAAGAUUAUGAUUACAGAUUAGAUGUGGAUCCACCUGAAGGCGGGGAUCUAGGAAGAAGAGGAAGUCAUUCUUCAGAUCCAGGAGAUAUCAUUGAUAAUGGUAUGAGAGAGCAUGUUCCAACUUAUAUCGAUCCAGGAGAAACAGAUGGUCUUCCCAAUAUUCCUCAAAUGCCAGAUCAACAUCAACAUGCUACUGCUCAAGAUCUGGUAAGAGCACAUACUGGUAAAUGGGGUGUGCUCAGACGAAGGGUGAAGACAUCUGGUAACGUCAAACGUGCUUUUGGCUCCAGUCAACGAGAAGAAUCAGCACAGGAUCCAGAAAAGCAAGAAGGCGAGGAGAGAACCUCUCAAGAUGCGUUUGCUGCAAGAUACCCUGAACCUCGUCGAGGAUCUCUCGCCGCAUUAGCACAUAAUGCACACGGCGGAGGAAGCGGUGGUGCUGGUGGUGGUGCACCACCAGGUAUGCCAGGUGGUGCCUCAGUUCUAUCAUCUCUUCUUGCUCUUUAUGGUCAACAAAACGGUGGAAUGGAUUCUGGGAACACCUCAGCAGCUAGUUCAAGACCUAAUUCAGAUGAUGAAUAUUCCUCUGACGAUGAACGUUCUCAUCGACAUCAUCCCGGUUCUCACAAGAAAGAGAAAACUCAAUUGCCUUUCGGCAGGAAAUCACACUCCAGCACCGGCUCCAACGGCACACCAGCCGAAGUUAUCAUCCACGAUAAACCUCAUCGAUCAUCUAUAACUGCUGAAUCUGCAGGCGCACCUCUAGCACCUCAACCAUCCAGAUACUCCGGGAAUGGUGAGAGACCACCACCUUCGCCUGGAAUCACAGGCUUCUUCCAACGCGCCAAGGAACAAAUCCAAUACCAACGACCCGACCAAGCUCGAAGUGGUGCAGGGGUAUUCGGAGCUCUGAUUCAGAAUACAGCAAACUUAUCUGGAGCUGCUACACCUGCCGCGUCAUCUUUAGCUCCCGCGGCUAAAAGACCAGGAUACCAGUUAAAUCGAUAUUCAGCAUCUGAUAUCAACGCCGAUUCCAAAAUUUCACCUUGGAGACCACCUUCAAGACCUCAAUCAAGAGCAGGAUCCCGACCCGCCUCAGUACACUCAUCAACUGCUGUAUCAAGAGAUGGCGAAUCGCCAAACGAUGAUAUCUCAUUCAAGAAAAAGGCUAUCUCAAGUGAUGAUCUAGUUGGAAUGCGACAUGCCGAUGAUUCAACGUUGACUUUAUCGACUGGUAAACAUAAGAAAAGACCAAUGUCAGGACUGAAAUUAGACUCUCUAGCGAAUCUUCCCGUAAACGCAUUCAAGGAAGGUGGAAAACAAAUGAAAUCAGCCGAAAAAUGGUUAAUGAACGCUGCCAAAACACCACUAAGAACACCACCCGAAAAAGGUGGUCCUGAUUACUUUUCAAGGCCCUUAACCGAAGAUGAGAGGAGAAGGAAAGAAUGGGAAGCCGAAAAAAAGAGGAGAAAGAAGGCCAGAGAAGCUAGAAAGAAACAGGAGAUCUUCAUCAUCCAACAUGUGGCUGCUAUUUUGGCCAGACAACAAUUCCUGAUGAAACUCGCCAGAGCCCUGAUGAUGUUUGGUUCCCCGUCACAUCGACUUGAAACUCAAAUACAGGCUACAGCCAAAGUACUCGAAAUUAACGCUCAAGUCGUUUACAUGCCUGGAACAAUGUUGAUUUCCUUUGGUGACGACGCUACGCAUACUUCAGAAACCAAGUUCUUGAAACAAGCUACCGGUCUUGAUCUCGGUAAAUUACUGGCCACCCAUCAUCUGUAUUGGAAUGUGGUUCAUGACAAAAUGUCGGUGGAACAAGCGAGCAAAGAUCUAGACGUUCUCAUGACUACUCCUGUGUAUUAUAAUUGGUGGCAAACUUUGAUUAUUGGUGCCAUGUGUUCAGCCUUCAUUGUGGUUAUCGGUUUUUACGGAUCAUUUGUCGAUGCUCUCAUGUCCAUGCCUCUAGGAGCUUUACUUGUUGGUGUACAAAUGUUAGCUGCUCGGAACGAUAUGUUUUCAAACGUGUUUGAGAUCGCUAUUGCCACUGUCAUCUCGUUUGUCGCUGCCGCGUUAGCAUCAACCGAAAUCUUCUGUUAUACUGCUUUAGUUAGUGGUGGUGUUGUCUUGAUUUUACCUGGUUAUAUUGUGCUCUGUGGUGCACUAGAAUUGGCUUCGAGAAACAUUACCGCCGGUGCUGUUCGAAUUGGUUAUAGUGUCAUCUACUCCUUGUUUUUGGGUUUCGGAAUUUCCAUUGGUGCUGUGUUGUACGAGAAAAUUACUGGCCACGAUGUUUUAAAUGCGAAUGACUAUACCUGCGCGAACACGCACGGUGGAGCACCAUGGUAUCAAGUUACCCCAUCGGCCUACUGGUAUUUCCUCUGUUGUCCUGCGUAUGCUUUCUUCCUCUCACUGAGAAAUCAGCAACCUCUCUGGGCUAAGGAACUGCCUAUAAUGGUCAUAAUCGCAGCGGCUGGAUGGUCAAGUAAUCAUUUCUCAUCACUAGCUUUCCCCGGAAGAUCAGAUAUGACAUCUGCCAUUGGAAGUUUUGUUGUUGGAACUCUUGGAAAUUUGUACGGCAGAUUAUCGAAUGGUUCGAGUUUCCCUGUAACCGUCACAGGUAUUUUGUUCCAACUUCCUUCAGGUUUAUCAAAUGGUGGUAUAUUCAACUUCGCCGCUGAAUCAAGUGAUGGAAGUUCAACUGCCUACAGCGAUGGAUUCAGUGUUGCGGAACAAUUGGUUUCGGUGGCUAUUGGGUUGACUGUCGGUCUGUUCGUCAGUGCAGCGGUCACUCAUCCAUUCGGUGGUGGAAGAAGAAGAGGUUCAGGUAUCUUCUCUUUCUAG